AAUUUUGUAAUAAAUUUAAAAUUUAAACUUAUUUCUCUCUCUCUCUCCCUCUCUCUCCCCCCAAGCUUGUUUCGGGAACAAGCUUGUUCCACCAAGGGGUGGGAACUAUUAGGAUAACCCAUUAAGGUAGGAACUAAUAGUUCCUACCAUUUUUUUUUUUUGUUUAGGUAUAGGAGGGGAAUAAGGGUUUAUUCCCCUUCUUAUACCCCAACCAAACACUACCAUAGAUUUCGGUUAUUAUACUCUUAUGAGUACGAGCGCCGUAGCACACUGAACUUUGGCAAAUUGCAAGAUUCUAGUGUAAGGAUAGUAUUUUAAACUAUUCUGGAUGUUUUGAGGGUUGUCUGUGUUGUAUCUGCCUGUUUCUGGAGCUUAUUAGGCGCGAGAACGGGCUUUUGACAUCAAAAUCUGCAAAGUGCAGGUUUUAGUGUUGAGUACCGGUGCUGGAUGUUGGUACCGGUACCCUAUAGAGUGCUGAAAUGCGUUCUUGGGUUUUGAGGUACUAGACAGUGAGUACCGGUACUGCAUUGGGCUGGUACCGGUACGCAGUGUUAAACCAUAACUUCCAACGUUCUGGUUUUGUGAGGUUGAGUGCUGGGUACCGGUACCCCAACCCGCGUAUCGGUACUCAAUACUGCAUAAUCUGUUUUUUAAGCUAGAUGUAAUUGCUAGGUUUUGAGGGGCCUAAGUGGAUAUUGUACAUUGUGUUUAAAUAACCCUUCACCUCUCAUUGUCCUCGGUUGGUUGAGGAUGGAGUGAGAGAAGAGGAGCUUGGAGAUGUAUGAAAGAGCUUGUUUAUGGAUUGAACUUCAACCCUAGCACUUCAUGGCUUGGUUUGGAGCUUAAUUUGAGGUUGGAUUUGAAGCUUCUUAGCUUCGAUUUGGACUUUGGACAAGUUCUACUUGAUCUAAGGGUGCUAGAAGACUUGUGGACAACUUCGUUUGGAGAAACGAACAAGUUUGAUGGGUAUCCAGUAGAACCUUCCGCGGCGGGAGAGGCUAGGGUUCGUGGCAAGAGAUCCCUCCCUACACAAGACAUUCAAGCUGUUGUUGAGUGCGGAUGUCCUAAUCUCUUCCGUAAAGUGGUGAAUUCAGCAAAAAGGUUGCGAGCAUUUCUGCAACUUGAUGAAGCUGAUGUAUGUAGUGCUUGCAAUCUACGAGGGUCUUGUGACAAAGCAUACGUUAUAGCAAAGGAUAAUGAAGGAGCUCGAACUGUUGAUGUUGUGCGUAUAUUGUUAAGCUAUGCGGUAGACCCUGUUAGCCUCUCUGGAGAAUAUUCUGUCAAAGCGAAUGUUCAGGAAUCUGCACGCAAGCUACUGACGGAGCUUAUUAAACUUAGUGACACUGCGAUUGAUCCGUCCCUUCCAAAACCUGCAGUGGUAUCUCCCAGUCAGAAAGAACCAUUCCAGAAGGUCGUAGCAAAGGAGAAGCAAUCAGUUGGAAAGGGUAAGCAAUCACCUGCUGUUGAAAUGAAGAGGGGGGACUGGCUAUGUCCUAACUGCAACUUCCUAAAUUUUGCUCGAAAUCUCCGUUGCCUAGAAUGCAAAGAGAAUGGCCCAAAGAGAGUAGACUUUGGAAAUGCUGAAAUGAAGUUGGGGGAUUGGACUUGUCCUGAAUGUCAGUUCAUGAAUUUUGCUCGCAAUAAGAAGUGUUUCCGUUGCCUUGAACCUCGACCUAAAAGGCCACUUAACCCUGGGGAGUGGGAAUGCCCCUCAUGUGAUUAUUUGAACUUCAGGAGAAACAAGGUUUGCCUGAAGUGCAACUGCAACCGCCCUGAAGAGGAGGGAAGUCAAGAUCAGACUGAAGACCAUGUAUGGAGAAGGCCCAAAGAGUCCAAAAAUAACACCACUUUCAAGUUUGGAGACGACGAGGAUGAAGAGGAGGAAGAUGAUUUGGAUGAUAUCUUGCCUCUCGAAGGAGAGCGCAAGUUUGUGGUGAGCAAAAGAGCUACUCCGGCGGAGAGGAGAUCGACUUCUGCUAGAAGGCAGAAUUAUUCAUCAUGAGCAAUGCCCUAUCAAUCACUCAUGCCGCCGAAGGUGCUGUAUUUGUGACAAUUUUAAUUUUAACAAAUUCAGUAAGUUGUCCGUCUAUUGUUUGUUUGUUUACGUAUUUCUAGUAACAGCGAGACUCACAUAUUCCUUAUGCAAUGGUAGUAAAAAGAGCUUUGGCAUAUUUCUACUAGUGAGGUGAUACACAGCUCGGACAGCUUCUGAGUAGAUUAUCAUGCGUCCUUUGUUCUAUGCUAUUUACGAACUUGGUGUAAAAAAUGUACAGAUUGAGAGUUAAACUGGGGCGGUUUGUGGAAUAGUAGUCAAUUUGAACUGAACUGAAACUAAAAGUGUUUAGUUUGAUA